UAUUAUUCUUUGGCCAAUUUAUCUGCAGGCGAUCUAGUAGUGUCUCAAGACAACCAAAAAGAAGGAAAAUACAAAGAGGAAUCAUAAGUUCUCUUCGCCAUCAUGUUAAUAAGCCUACGUGAAUAAUAAAAUUAACAAGAACCCUACCCAGCUUAAUAUACUCGACAUGAUUUCAAUACAGAUCUAACUAUUGUAAUUAUAACUCAGUGAGAGGAUUAAGCGAACUCAAAAAGAUAAAAAAUUAAGGUGGUCGGAAUAAGCUACAAGCCUUCCAGAAAAUCUUAACGACUAGCAAACUUAGUAUAGUAAAAAUACUGUUUUGUUUCCGCACUUUAGCCUCGAUAUCCGCCGGUCUCUCGAGUCCUCUUUAUUAGUGCGGGCUCUGUUUCUGAGAAGCGGCUGGUAAUCAAGCUUAUUCCGUUUCAAGUGGUAUCUUUUAUGGGUCAAAUAAAGCUCGAACCACACCCAGAUUUUGGUCUCCUUUAGGCGUUUAAUUCAAAUUUUUCGACGAGCAUCCCCGACCCUGGGCUCACAACUAGGUUCAAUUUCAUCCUAAUCUUUUCCCCGUUAUUUCUUUAGAAUUGGGCAAGCGUUGUAGCCAUCAAAACAGCACAAGAAAAGAAACGUCGACAACAGAGCUAAUUUGAAAUGGAAGGACAGAACGGUACUGGGAGUACAAACACAACCCCAGUGGCGACUGCAAAAAUGAAAGUGGCCGAGCUUGUUAUCAUAACAGUGUUGUAUUGCUUACUUGUGGUAACAAUCAUCACCGGAAAUGGACUCAUUCUGACUUCCUUUGCAAUCAACCGGAAGUUGAGGACCGUGACUAACACAUUCAUUGUCAGCCUCUCCCUGAGUGACACGCUGGUGGGGUUGGUUUCCAUUCCUUGUUGGAUUUACAUCUUUCUGUGUCAGUACAUGGAGCGUCCUUAUACCAAAGCAGGAUAUCAGUUCUACAUCACAUUCGAUAUCUUUAUCGGAAGCGCUUCCAUUUUGCAACUGACUUCGAUCAGUAUCGAACGCUGUCACGCAAUCGUCAGGCCGUUACGUCACAGAACACUCCCUAUGAGAGUCUUUUACGCCAUGAUUGCAAUACCGUGGAUGUACGCGGCCCUUAUGGCGAGCUUACAACCCGUGCAAUUCGAACGCUGGACCGCGGUUUACACUCUCCUCAUGACCACCACGUGCUUUUUCAUUCCUUUUUUAAUCAUUCUCGUUGCCUACGUCACCAUUUACUUAUUUGCUCGAUCAAAACCAACGAGCAUGCUUACUCGACACCGCAUGCCCAAGAAAGCUUACAAGAACGAAAUCAGAUUGUCCGCCACUGUUGCCCUGAUCACGGUGCUGUUUGUCAUAGCUUGGUUACCUCUGUUCGUGGUCAGUGUCCUGGCAACCUACUACCCGCAGCAACUCCCCUCCCCGCUGGGGAUAGACCGUCUCCUGAAGUUUGUCAAGUUCUGUCACUAUAGCAACAGUGCACUUAACCCCUUCGUGUAUGCCUACAGGAACCGAGACAUGAUAAACACUUUUCGUUACAUUGGUUACAAGCUUCUUUGCAAGGAACAUAAGCUUCAGAUUCCACUGGUGAGGGCAGGCACUUCACUUGUGAGGUCUCCAUCCUACAGGAGUAACUGGCAACGGUCGUCCAGGAAUGGACAGGCUUCGGAAAAUAACCGCAAAGCCGAGGACUCUUUUAUGAUCUCGGACGUGUGAACUUCAUCGACAACACAAGCAACGGAACGUUAAUCACGAUUAGAUUGAGAUAACCAAAGUUAGUAUUUGACCGAUUAGUAAAAAGUCGUUUAACUGGAAGCGAUAAAGAGACGGUUGUUUAUAUUCAUACUUUUCAUACGGACGUAGGUCCACAUAAGACUUUUUAGUGGGAUGUGCCUCAAAUAUCAUUUAACUACAUAAUUGCACUAUUGUCAAAAUUGAUCCCGUUUCUAGUACUUAAUUCGGAGAGGGGAAUCAGCAACAACAUUGUACAUUUAAGGACAUACGGACUAUCGCUCAUGAGCGUUAUUUUGCGAGCGACGUUUCUGCAGUUUGUCCAAGGGUGAUUAACAUAUGACUUCUCCCGACAAAAUCAAUAAAUUGUCAACCAUUCAGGUGAUGAGAAUAUAGAAAGUAAAAUACCUACGAGAUUUGUCAUCAAAUUUUUACUAGCAUUGAAAGAUUGCCUGAAAAACAGGAAGGAGAAAUCAGUUUCAAUCUUCGAGACAGAAAACAAAUGUAUCCCGCAAUCUUUUAGUAAAUAAAUAUUGCUAUGUAAUAUAAUAAUGAUAAUAGUAAUAAUAAU